CAAAAGUGCCAGCUGUAGAUUUUUGUGUUUUAUUCAUGUUUUGUUGCUGAAAAAGUCAUUUAAUUUCAAUGAUAAUGAAAUAUGGAUCUGAUAUUUGGCACUCUUGUUUUAACUACAGUAUUUGUGAUCAUUCUGAAUUGUAUGAUAUUCGGAAGAAGAAGGGAUCGAAAAAUUGUAAAACUGAAAGCGGACUCGGUAGAUAGUAUUCUAAGGUUCCUGCGAGAUUCAAAGCUUUUCCCGAUAUGCUUUGAGCGAGGAUGGAGAUUACACAAAUUUGAACACGAGUGUAGAAUCUGGAAGAAAGAGCCUUCCUCAGGGUCGAGCUGUUCUCACAACCUUUUUGCUGCCAGUGCUAAAGUCAAAGCCUCCGCUCAGAAUGCCGUCAAAUUCUUGCGUGAUAUCAGUCGCAUCAUGGAGUGGGACCCUGGUGUGAGGAGUGUCACCUAUCUGCGAGAGGCUCCUGAAGAAGUGCCAAAGAGUAAGGGGCCAAAUAGCAAUAACGUCCAGUGGGAUGUUGUACAGGAAAAGAUACCAGACGAGAGUAAACAAUGGAAAGUCUGGUGGAGAAGGAAACUACACAUUCCAAUCCCUGAGGAUUUCGCUGUGAAAAAUAGAGUGUAUUACAGAUACUGGAACAAAGAAGAUAACGGUUGCUGCUGGAUGUUUCAGUUCCCUCAAAGCAAGGCGAAUAACUGGGUGUUCUACCUCGCUCAACCUCUUGAAGGUUUGUUUGAAUUGGACCACUGUAUGUUGACCAUUAUCACCUCAGAUGGCUGUGAUAAAACCUCCCCUGCUCAAUUCCUCGCUCCAUUCCGUCACUUCCUGUUCUACCGGAAGGAAACAUGCUCAACGCUGCAAACCAUCACAUUACCAAGACCAGAAUCACUUGAAAGUAGUGAGGGGAAACUUCCAACUCCUGUGUCAAGUGGGACAUUCAUAGCAAAAGAUACGAAUGAAAAUACUAAAGAAAAGCCUAAGGAAUCUGACUCCUUUUUGCCUGUGAAGAAAAAUGAGUUUAGUCUAUUCAAACGUGUACGAACUAUGAUUGAAGAGAAGAAAUCACAGAUAGAAGAAAAGAGAAGAAUUAAAAAUGCUAACAAUUCAUCUACAGCAAGUCCCAAAGAGCACAAGACAGGGGUGCCUAAUUCAAAGGAGCAAGACCAGACAGAAAUUAUUGCCCAAGCCCAGGGACUCAUUGCGUGUGGUCCAACUAAGGAUCAUAUGGAAGGUUUUGACGACUCGCCAUUUGAUGAAAUCGAUCCUGAUAGCGAAGGGUUAACAACCAGUACUCCUUUGCCAUCUAGUCCAGAAGGAAAGGUUGAAGGCAAAGUGAGGCUGCGCCCACUGUACAGAUCACAGACGGUUUCUGACAAUAUGAUGUCACCAAAUAAUGAACGUCUGCAGCGAGGAGAGGAUAAAGCCAGGCGGCAUACCUCAGAGAAGGGAGCAUCUAUUGGUAACAUGGGCGAUGUCCAGUACAAGACAUUGUCCAAUCAUUGUGCAGCAGAAAUCAUGGCAGAAAUAAUAAAGAUUGGUAACUUACAAUUGACUGACUCUCCUGAAGAACAGGCGAAGAGUACUGGAGGAUGGGUGUUCUAUGGUAUGGAUAAAGAAGUUGUUGUCCUGAAGAAAGUAUGUGAUCCAAAUUUUCCGCUACAUUGCUAUCUGGGCAAAGGCUUGAUCAAAGCCACACCUAGGACAGUUUGGGCGGCCGUGAGGAAUCCACGGACCAGGUUCACCUAUGAUGAGGGCUUGAAGAAAGUUGAUGUCAUCCAUGAUUUUGGAAAUGGCUUGAAAAUAUUAUAUUUGUACCACGAAGUCAACCAGCUGUUCAAAAAGGAGUCGAGGGAGUUCUGCGUACUUCAGGGAGAGAGGUUAGAGGGUGAACGGUCCAUCCUUACGCUGCAGUCAGUGGAUUGGUUAGGAUGCCCUGAUGACAAUGAUGUACCAAGGGGUCAGUUCCUUGCCAGUGGUUGGAUCAUUGAGCCAGCAUUGAUAGAUAGUAAGAUAUACACCAUGGUGACUUACGUCUUACAGCUCAACCUUGGUCUGUCAAAGACGACCAAUGCAAACCUCGUGGAUGAGAUAGCUACCCGACAGCCGCAGUGCAUCGCCUUAUUGAGAGAGUACCUCGUUCCCUCUGCUAAGAUCCAAGAGACCAUCCAGGGCUUCCAGAGCAGUGCACCCUGAAGUGAUAUGGUGUAUCCAGAGAGGUGUUGUUGGUGAUAUAGUUUGGUUGAAAAUCAGAAUUUAAGAAACUGUCAUUUAGAAUGACUGUUCAUAUUAAUGGUGCUUUUUCCUCAAGAGGUGGAUCUGUAGUAAAUGUAUUAGGCUGAUAGUGAACUAGAAGGUACUCUAUACUGGCAUUCAAGCCAGUGUUGGUGAACAGAGAAGUCUGAAGCCAAAUUUAAUUUUGAAAAAAACCCUGAUAUUGGUAGGUCUUGAUUUGCUUUUAGGGGUGUUGUUAGUUAGUCAACAUGCAUUAGGCAAGGACUGGAGAUGUUGCCAAUAUCUUCCAAAAUGUAAGUGAGAGGUGAACCUUACCAUAUUCGAGAGGAGUAUUUUGUGUUUAGCCUUGUGUUGGUUUCAAAUAAUUACAGAUAUUGUGGUUGAAUGAUAUUACCAUUGUCUCUUCUUACCUCUGUUAAUACGAUAUCGUUGUGAGAAUUGUUAUGUCCUUAUUAAUAAAGGGUCAUGUUUAUCCAGCCAUCCAAAAUGUGUGUAUUGAUGACAGGAGUCAUUUUAGAGGUGGUCAGUCAUGUCAUGCAAACUGACAAAUCGGUUAUUUUUGUUAUGAUAAUUUAUUUGCUGUUGUAUGUAUCAGUGCUGAAGAAUGUUUUAAAACCUAUGCUAGGUAAGCUUGCAUAUUUUCUGUUUCUUUGAUUCCUGAGUAACAAGCCUUGUAUUUGGGUCCUAAUUGUACUCCAUUGUUUUACAUGUAUGAAAAACCAACAGAGUGCAUGCCUUGAGUUGUCCCUUGAACUACAUUAGACUACUUUGGAUUAAGGAAAUGGAUAUCUACUUCACCAGGUUUAGGGGUACAUGUAUGCAUGAAUUUGCAUGUUUUAUUUAUUCUUCUUCUUGGUGUGCUUAUUGAUACUAAUGUGUAUAUGGGAUAUAAGGGAUCUUAGUCUUCUAAUCGCGGUAAAUAAAAGUGUAUUUUGUAUAGCAUUUUGCAGGACCAAACCAAGAAUAUGUAACGGUCUGCAUUAUCUUGAAUUCUAGUUCAGGUUGGGGCUUGUCUUUUUCGUCAUUUUCUACACAUUUGUGAUGAUUGAUUGUGAUAUGAAUUCUGGUGUGUACACGCAAUUUCAACGACCUGGCAAAAUUGUGGAGUGUGCAUGGUUUCCGACUAUAUCAUGUGGGGAGGCAUCGACCUUGCCUUGUUACUGAAGGUUGCCAUGAGCCCCAAUGCCUCUUGAAAAAUCUGUCUUCCAUUGUCCUUACAGUCAUCCUAGAUGCUCAGCGACAUGUCACCUUACUUUUUAUCCCUAUUCGGACAGGUUUAUAAAGAGUUCACGUUUUCACACAUCAUUUUUCACGGGUCAUUCGUUACAUAAAUAACAAAUAAGUUAUUUCCAAAGAGCGGCCCACAAUUGCUCCCAUUGUCACUUUUCACCCUCGGGUCGUGUCAUGUCAUGUUUUCAAGCAUAAGUCAGUUUACCAAUAU